GAAGAGAUUUCCUGUAAUUGAAGCCAUAAUGUCAUUUAUAGAUCCUUAUCAGCACAUUAUAGUGGAACACCAGUAUUCCCACAAGUUCACAGUGACGGUGUUGCAAGCCACCAAAGUGACAAAGGGGGCCAUCGGUGACAUGCUGGACACACCGGAUCCAUAUGUGGAACUUUUCAUCUCCUCGACCCCUGACAGUAGGAAGAGAACAAGACAUUUCAAUAAUGAUGUAAAUCCUGUGUGGAAUGAGACAUUUGAAUUUAUUUUGGAUCCCAAUCAGGACAAUAUUCUGGAGAUCACGUUAAUGGAUGCCAAUUAUGUCAUGGAUGAAACUCUGGGGACUGCAACUUUUCCCAUAUCUUCUAUGAAAGUGGGAGAGAAGAAACAAGUUCCUUUUGUUUUCAACCAAGUCACUGAAAUGAUUCUGGAAAUGUCUCUUGAAGUUUGCUCUUGCCCAGACCUCCGGUUCAGUAUGGCACUGUGUGAUCAGGAGAAAAUUUUCAGACAACAGAGAAAAGAAAACAUAAAGGAGAACAUGAAGAAACUCCUGGGGCCAAAGAACAGUGCAGGCUUGUGUUCUACACGUGAUGUGCCCGUGGUGGCCAUACUGGGCUCUGGUGGCGGGUUCCGAGCCAUGGUGGGGUUCUCUGGGGUGAUGAAGGCACUGUACGAGUCAGGAAUUUUGGAUUGUGCAACUUACAUUGCUGGUCUUUCUGGCUCCACAUGGUAUAUGUCAACCUUAUAUUCUCACCCUGAUUUUCCAGAGAAAGGGCCAGAUGAGAUAAAUGAAGAGCUAAUGAAAAACGUUAGCUACAAUCCUCUUUUACUUCUCACACCACAGAAAAUUAAAAGAUACGUGGAGUCUUUAUGGAAAAAGAAAAGUUCUGGUCAGCCUGUCACCUUCACUGACAUCUUUGGAAUGUUAAUAGGAGAAACACUAAUUCACAAUAGAAUGAACACUACCUUGAGCAGCUUGAAGGAAAAAGUCAAUGCUGCACAAUGUCCCUUACCUCUCUUCACGUGUCUCCAUGUUAAGCCUGAUGUCUCAGAGCUGAUGUUUGCAGACUGGGUUGAAUUUAGUCCAUAUGAGAUUGGCAUGGCUAAAUAUGGUACUUUUAUGGCUCCUGACUUAUUUGGAAGCAAAUUUUUUAUGGGAACAGUUGUGAAGAAAUAUGAAGAAAACCCCCUGCAUUUCUUAAUGGGUGUCUGGGGCAGUGCCUUUUCUAUACUGUUCAACAGAGUCUUGGGAGUUUCUGGGUCACAAAAUAAAGGAUGCACAAUGGAGGAAGAAUUAGAAAAUAUUACAGCAAAGCAUAUUGUGAGUCAUGAUAGCUCAGACAGCGAUGAUGAAUCACAUGAACCCAAAGGCACUGAAAAUGAAGAAGCUGAAAGGGAGUAUCAAAAUGAUAAUCAAGCAAGUUGGGUCCAGCGUAUGUUAAUGGCCUUGGUGAGUGAUUCAACUUUAUUCAAUACCAGAGAAGGCCGAGCUGGGAAAGUGCACAACUUCAUGUUGGGCUUGAAUCUCAAUACCUCCUACCCACUGUCUCCUUUGCAAGACUUUACCACACAGGAAUCCGUGGAUGAAGAUGAGUUGGAUGCCGCUGUGGCAGAAAGAAGAAUCACAAAUAGUUUUCAUAAAGAACUUCUGCUUGCAGAAAAGUGGGCUAAAAUGAACAAGCUACCCUUCCCAAAGAUUGAUCCUCACGUGUUUGAUCGAGAAGGACUGAAGGAAUGCUACGUCUUUAAGCCUAAGAAUCCGGAUAUGGAGAAAGAUUGCCCAACUAUCAUCCAUUUUGUUCUGGCUAACAUCAACUUCAGGAAGUUCAAGGCUCCAGGUGUUCCCAGAGAAACUAAGGAAGAGAAAGAAAUAGCAGAUUUUGAUAUUUUUGAUGAUCCUGAUUCACCAUUUUCCACUUUCAACUUUCAAUAUCCAAAUCAAGCAUUCAAAAGGCUGCAUGAUCUGAUGCACUUCAAUACCCUGAAUAACAUUGAUGUGAUACAGAAUGCCAUUAUUGAAAGCAUUGAAUAUAGAAGACAAAAUCCAUCUCGUUGUUCUGUUUCCCUCAGUAACAUUGAAGCAAGAAGAUUCUUCAACAAGGAAUUUCUAAGCAAACCCACUGCCUAGUUUGUGCUUAAAAAACGCAAGAAUUUCUGAGCUGAAGCUAUUUGCAAUGCCAUGGCAACUGGAUUUAAAAGCACAGAGACUAACUGAUACUCAAAGUUGCAGUUAUUUGACUGCAUGAGGCUGUCCUGAUAUGUUUGUUAGGUUAAUAAUGUUAAUUAUAUAGUAGUAUACUGAGCUGCAUUUUCUAUCAGUAUAAAUUUCCUAAUGCAAAUGUAAGAACAUAUACUUAUUUUUAGAUAUUCCUGACCAAGCAUCUUACAUGCCUUUUUUACAAGUGUAGUUUCUUUUUAGAAUAUUUAACAAUUCAAGCUCAAUAACUAUGACUUUGUAUUGUGUGUAAAUGUUAAUC